AUGGCGCCGACUCCGUCCUCGUCCACCGCCGGCUUCUUCCAGGCCCUGCCCGCCCUGCCGCCGCAGUACACGUCACCUGACGCCGCAGCACACAACGAGCCAAAUACCUCGCUGUCUGAUGACAGAGUAUUGGACCGUAUCUUGGAGCUCUAUCUGCCCCCGCAACGAGCAGUGGUCACGCAGCACCUGCACCGCGUGGCGCGCCUCGCGCUCGCCCCGCGCGUGCUCGCGCUCGCCACCGAGGCCGAAACUAACCACCCCGCGCUGCGCCCGCUGACGACCUUCGGGCAGGAGAACCGCGACGACGCGCUGUGGACGACCAGCGGGUGGCGCGCGCUGAAGGAGAUCGGGAUCGCCGAGGGCGUGGUCGCGGUUGCGUAUGCGCGGUCCGAAGAGACGGCGCGCGUGAAUCGCAGAGUGUACGAGUUUGCGCUGGGCCAUGUGUGGAGCGUGACGGGCACCAUGACGGGGUGUCCGAUGAGCAUGACGGAUGGCGCGGCGACGCUGUUGGCGCGGCGAUUGGGGGACGCGGAUGCGGACCAGAUCGGGCGGGUGCGGGUGCUCGAGGAGGCGUACCGGCGGCUGACGAGCCGCGAUCCGAAGUAUGCGUGGACCAGCGGGCAGUGGAUGACGGAGCGCAGCGGGGGGAGUGAUGUGUCGGGUACGGAGACGCUGGCGACGCGGCUCAGCAGUGAGGAGCUGGCGCGCGAUGAGGAGAGCGGGCGGAGCGAGGACGCCGUGGGGAUGCCGCUGGGGCCGUGGCGGAUCGACGGGUUCAAGUGGUUCAGCAGCGCUACCGACUCGGAGAUGGCUGUGCUGCUGGCGCGGACAGACAAGGGCAUCAGCGCCUUCUACAUGCCCAUGCGCCGGCGACGAGGCGGGCGUCCCGCCGCCGCAAACAUAGUCAACCUGGAAUCCCCCCCCGAGACGGAGCUUAACGGCGUCCGCAUCCAGCGGCUGAAGAACAAGCUCGGCACCAAGUCGCUCCCGACCGCGGAACUCGAACUGCGCGGCGCGCGCGCCUGGCUCAUCGGCACCGAAGGCCGGGGCGUGGCCGAAAUCGCCGCCGUCCUCAACAUCACGCGCCUCACGACCGCCGCCGGCAGCGCCGCAAACUGGUCCCGCGGCCUCGCCAUCUGCCGCGCCUACAGCCAGGUCCGCAAGGUGCGCGGCGGCCUGCUGCACGACAACCCCGCGCACCUGCGCUGGAUGGCCGACGAGACAGUCAAGUACCACGCCGCAGCGCACUUCACCUUCCUCGGCGUCGCGCUGCAGGGUGCACUCGAGCAGACGCCCAGCGCCGUGGUCGCAGCCACGAAAGCCGCGGCCCUCAUCCCGCGCGACCCGGCCGCGAUCGCGCUGCUGCUGCGGCUGCUGCUGCCGGUCCUCAAGGCGCAGGUAUCCGUGGCGUCGGUGCACGGGCUGCGGCAGUGCAUGGAGUGCCUGGGCGGCGUGGGGUACUGCGAGAACAACGAGGACGGCGGGCUGCUCAACGUGGCCAAGAUCUACCGCGAUAACCUCGUCAAUCCCAUUUGGGAGGGCACCGUCAGCGUCAUGGCCGAGGACGUGGUGCGCGUGCUGACCGACGCGCGUCUGGGCGGGGGGGAUGUCCUGCGCAACGUGUUUGCGCCGUGGGUGCGGGGCGUGCUGGACGGCUGCGACGCGGUGUUCGACGGGGAGAUUGUGCUGGUAAGGGACAGGGUGCAGGCGCUUCUGGGGCUGGUGGAGGGGAAGACGAAAGACGAGUUGCUGUACCGCGGAAGGGAGAUCCUGGAUCACCUCGAGGCUGUCGUGGCGGGAGCAGUGCUGCUGUACGACGCCACGGCCAGCCCGGGCUUUGUCGCGCAGGAGAUUGCGAGGCGGUGGGUGCGGUCAAAGGGACUGAAGGAGACGGAGCCCGAUGGCGUCGUGUCGUGGAAGGAGUCGGUGAGGAUUGACAAGAGCAUCUUCCUGGGCACGUCAAGCGUUGAAGCGCAAAGACUGGAGAAGCUGUGA